UCGCGCGUUGUACCACGUUGAAAAAUGCAGUCGUUUCGCGAGAAUCGUCAGUGCUCAGACAAUAGCGGCCUCCGGAGGGAAUCUGUACGCGACGAGGAAAUCCCUUUGGACAUUUUCUCGCGGAUUGGGUCAAUGAUCGAUCAAGAUGAAGCUGGGAUCUGCACGGUUAAGCUCGAUUAUCGUGGAGCAAAGACGUUGGUCGUGUCGUCGAUCGAUCGGAUUCCGUUGACGCUCGAUUCGUAGACGAUUCGAUGUGGGACCGUUCGGGAGAUGACAGUGCGCGAGGAGGACCGGAAGAACAUGAGACACAGCAGCUCGUGGCCGGAUCGGGCGCCACAGACGGUGAAAGUGCGCGUGGAUCCGUUGUCGCGCGCCUUCACGAUCAUCCCGACGAUUCGCGUCGAGAGCUUGCACCCCACCUCGUUACUCGACACCGACUGGAUCGACGAGAUCAUAUUCCUGGAUCAUGGCGGUUCGACGUCCGUCCAGACGAAACGACGAUUCGUGGGCGACACCAGGCGCAUCGAGCCGUACGGACGCGGUGAAUUAGGGGAAACUUUCGAACUACGCGCCCUGGUACCUGACGUUAUGAAUAGAAGUUGCGGAAGAACUGUCGCCGAGGAUGGGGAAAGGGACGAGAAGGGUCGUAAAAGCGAGUCGAAAUUGCUCUCGGAUCUCUUAUCCGACGAAACUGCCGUGGACCCUCACCGAGACGGCGGAGAUAUAUCCGAAACGACGAAAUCCAACUUCUGUCUGGCUGACGAGGAACGUGACUCGAUGCCGCAUCGCCGUAGAAACGGUGAUACCAAUAAGUCAAACUUCGAAUUGGAAUCCUCCGCCGGACAAAACGAUAACACUCAGGAUGAAUCGUCCAGGACGAACGCGGAAUUCAAACACGAGGAUCCUCUGCCUCUGGAAACCAUCGUGAAAAUCGAGACGCCGGAACACGGUCGAUCAGUCGGGAAGGAAACGUACCAAUCCCGCCGAGAGUCCAUACGGAGAAAGACGCCGACCCCUCAAAUCGAAAUAGUGGACUACGACGACAUAACGAGGCGGACGCAGCACGCUUGCCCGAAAUGCACGUCGGAGGGCCAGCUUCUGGAACGCGUGGAUCCGUUUCGUUCGCCGGUCUCGAGCAGGAAGAGCAUGGCCGGCCGGUGUCAGGACGAAGAGCCGGAAACGGCCCGUAAAUAUUCCCCGGCGGAGGUGAAAACGAGGAACAGCUGGCGUAGGCUAAGGACGAGCGGUCUAAUUGGAGGCGCCAAGAACAAAGAGAAGGAGAGGAACGCGCGUAAGAGGAACGGGAACCCGGCGUGCAGCAGGCCGUGCAACGACGUGAGAAAAGAGGCCACCCUGAGGAGGCACUACUACCCGGAGGGAGGCUGGGGCUACGUGAUCGUGACCUGUUCGGCGCUCGUUCAUUUCCUCAGCAUCGGUUUGCAGCUCGCGGCGCCUGGCAGUUGGCACCUAACCGCUCAGCUGAAGUUCCAUCAGCCCGCCCUUCACAGCGCAGGUAGGAUAUCUCUUUUUCUCGGCCACGCUAGGUAG